GUAUCAUCCAUCGCACCGCCAGAGUAUCGAGGUUUUUUCUCAUCACCAGAGAGUGUGUAUCCAGCUGCAAGCUCGGCGGCUCUUUCCCGGUCUUUCCGCAAAAUUACCAAGCUACCCUUCCCGUCACCUCGUCUACCCGAACAUUAGUAUUCUCUCUUGCGGAUCGGAAAUUCGUUUUCUAGGAUUCUCUUUUCAUCUCCUCCACCGAUCCCAACCAGAGUAAUUCCGUGCGUUUUCUUCUUUUCACGGAGAAAUCGAUCCAAAUGGCUUCCGGAAGAGCUAUUAGUCAGCGUCUGUGGAGAAGAUUUCAGUCACGAUCUACUACUGCAGCUCCUGUAGUGUCAUCAUUUCUGUCGAAGCAGGAUCAAGAUGGUUUUGGCUCUGCUGGCAUGAAAUCCCUAAGAGCGUUGGCACUCCUUGGAGCAGGUGUUUCUGGUCUUCUGAGUUUUGCCAGCAUAGCAUCUGCUGAUGAAGCAGAGCAUGGCUUAGCUUGUCCAAACUAUCCUUGGCCCCACAGCGGCAUUCUCAGUUCCUAUGACCACGCAUCGAUUCGGCGCGGUCACCAAGUUUACCAACAAGUUUGUGCAUCUUGUCACUCGAUGUCUCUGAUUUCAUAUCGAGAUCUUGUUGGUGUGGCAUAUACGGAGGAGGAGACAAAGGCUAUGGCAGCUGAGAUUGAAGUGGUUGACGGGCCUAAUGAUGAAGGUGAGAUGUUUACCCGUCCUGGUAAGUUAAGUGAUCGUUUCCCUCAGCCCUAUUCGAACGAACAGGCAGCAAGGUUUGCUAAUGGAGGGGCAUAUCCUCCUGAUCUAAGCCUCAUUACAAAGGCCCGACACAAUGGUCAGAACUAUGUGUUCGCUCUCCUCACUGGCUACCGUGAUCCUCCUGCUGGUGUUUCGAUUCGAGAAGGGUUGCAUUACAACCCCUACUUUCCUGGCGGUGCAAUAGCAAUGCCCAAAAUGCUUAUUGAUGGUGCUGUUGAGUAUGAAGAUGGUACUCCUGCAACUGAAGCCCAGAUGGGCAAAGAUGUGGUGGCAUUUUUGUCAUGGGCAGCAGAACCAGAGAUGGAAGAGAGGAAACUGAUGGGUUUCAAAUGGAUAUUUGUUCUGUCACUUGCUCUUCUCCAAGCUGCAUAUUACCGGCGCUUGAGGUGGUCUGUUCUCAAGUCACGGAAACUGGUUCUUGAUGUUGUCAACUAGCCCCUGCUUUCUAUUAUAAAGUUUAUGUGCACGCAAGGAUUCAAACAGAAAAAUAAGCGCAUGAUUUGGGAGUAUAUUGCUGUCAUAAACGUGACAUUGUUUAGGCAGGCAAUGGCAGAUGCAACGAGAUGCUCCCAUUUCAAGUUUUUCUUUUUUCUUUUCUUUUUUGAGAGAGCAAAAUGCUACUCAGAUUUUUGUUUCCUUAUUUCUUGAAUGCUCAAUUUUUUAAAGUCAUUGAUGCAUCGUCUUCUAAUAUUAAAGAUGGAUUCAUUUUUAUUGAACUUCA